CGCUCCGGCGCGGGCGGCCAGGCGUCCCUCUGACGGCUCAGUCCCGGUUUCGGGCCCCGCGGCGGCGGCAGCGGCGGCGGCGGCGGCAUCAUGUUCCUUCACUCAGUCAACCUCUGGAACCUGGCGUUUUAUGCCCUCAUGGUCUUCAUGGCGACGCUGGGGCUGUGGGACGUCUUCUUCGGCUUCGAGGAGAACAAGUGCAGUAUGAGCUACAUGUUUGAGUACCCGGAGUAUCAGAAAAUAGAACUUCCCAAGAAACUGGCAAAACGCUAUCCUGCAUAUGAAUUAUAUCUUUAUGGAGAAGGAUCCUAUGCUGAAGAACACAAAAGUCUCCCUUUGACAGGUAUUCCAGUUCUCUUUCUUCCUGGUAAUGCUGGAAGUUAUAAGCAAGUUCGUUCUAUUGGCUCUAUUGCACUUAGAAAAGCAGAAGACAUUGACUUCAAGUACCACUUUGACUUCUUUAGUGUGAAUUUCAAUGAAGAAUUGGUGGCACUGUAUGGUGGAAGUCUUCAGAAGCAGACCAAAUUUGUACAUGAAUGCAUUAAAACAAUUCUCAAACUCUAUAAGGGUCAAGAAUUUGCUCCAAAAAGUGUGGCAAUAAUUGGUCAUUCUAUGGGUGGCCUUGUUGCGAGAGCAUUGCUUACCUUGAAAAAUUUUAAACAAGAUCUGAUAAAUCUUCUUAUUACACAAGCCACACCUCAUGUUGCUCCGGUAAUGCCAUUAGAUCGUUUUAUUACAGAUUUUUAUAUGACUGUAAACAGUUAUUGGAUUCUGAAUGCUAGGCACAUAAAUUUAACUACACUUUCUGUAGCUGGCGGAUUCCGGGAUUACCAAGUUCGUUCGGGACUGACUUUUCUACCAAAAUUAAGCCAUCAUACCAGUGCCUUAUCUGUUGUGAGUUCAGCAGUGCCUAAGACCUGGGUCUCAACUGACCACCUCUCCAUUGUGUGGUGUAAACAAUUGCAGUUGACUACAAUUCGAGCAUUCUUUGAUCUUAUUGAUGCCGAUACGAAGCAAAUAACUCAAAAUCCCAAGAAGAAAUUGUCGGUAUUGAAUCACCACUUUAUAAGACACCCAGCAAAACACUUUGAGGAAAACCCAGCAAUAAUUUCUGACUUAACAGGAACAUCUAUGUGGGUUCCAGUAAAAGUGUCCAAAUGGACCUAUGUGGCUUACAAUGAAUCUGAUAAGAUAUAUUUUACGUUUCCUCUUGCAAAUCAUAGAAAAAUCUACACUCAUGUCUAUUGUCAGAGCACCAUGCUGGAUACAAACAGUUGGAUUUUUGGCUGCAUAAACAGCACAUCUAUGUGCCGACAAGGAGUUGAUUUAUCAUGGAAAGCUGAACUGCUGCCAACAAUUAAGUCUCUGACGUUAAGACUUCAAGACUAUCCGUCUUUGUCUCAUCUUGUUGUUUAUGUACCAUCUAUUCAUGGAAGUAAGUUUGUUGUAGAUUGUGAAUUCUUUAAAAAAGAGACGAGAUCCAUACAGCUUCCUGUAACUCAUCUUUUUUCCUUUGGAUUGUCUUCAAGGAAAGUGAUAUUAAAUACAAGUGGCCUGUUCUAUAAUAUAGAGCUUCUGAACUUCGGACAGAUAUAUCAAGCUUUUAAAAUCAACGUAGUAAGCAAGUGCUCAGGAGUCAAAGAAGAAAUAACUAGUAUCUAUAAACUUCAUAUUCCCUGGUCUUAUGAAGAUUCACUAACCAUUGCACAGGUUCCAUCCUCCACAGAAAUUUCUCUGAAACUACAUAUUGCUCAACCAGAAAAUGAUAGCCAUGUAGCAUUGUUAAAAAUGUACACAUCGUCAGACUGUCAGUAUGAGGUGACGGUUAAGACUUCCUUUUCACAAAUACUCGGACAGGUAGUUAGAUUUCAUGGUGGAGCUCUUCCUGCUUACGUUAUAUCUAGUAUCCUUCUUGCUUAUGGAGGACAAUUAUACUCUCUUUUCUCAACAGGUCAUUGCUUAGAAUAUGCUACUAUGUUGGAUAAAGAAGCCAAACCAUACAAAGUUGAUCCUUUUGUAAUUAUGAUUAAGUUUCUGUUGGGGUAUAAGUGGUUUAAAGAAAUAUGGGAUGUGUUAUUGUUACCAGAAUUAGAUGCCAUCUUUUUAACUAGUCAGAGUAUGUGUUUUCCCCUUGUGUCCUUGAUUCUCUUUCUAUUUGGAACAUGUACUGCCUACUGGGGUGGCCUACUCUCAUCUACAUCUGUGAGACUCCUUUCUUCAUUGUGGCUAGCUUUGAAAAGGCCCUCUGAACUUCCUAAAGAUAUCAAGAUGAUAUCACCAGACUUGCCCUUUUUGACAAUUGUUUUGAUCAUAGUUAGUUGGACAACUUGUGGAGCAUUUGCCAUACUUCUUACUUAUCUUUACUAUGUGUUUAAGAUUGUUCAUCUGCAAGCCAGCCUAACUUCUUUUAAAAAUAGCCAGACUGUGAAUCCCAAACACUCUAGAAGAAGUGAAAAAAAAUCCAAUCACCAUAAAGACUCUGCAGUACACCAUCUUCGUUUAUCUGUCAGUGAUGCUGAAGACAGUCUUCGCAUGCAUAGUACUGUGAUUAACUUAUUAACGUGGAUUGUAUUACUCAGCAUGCCAUCUUUAAUUUAUUGGUUAAAGAAUCUUAGGUAUUACUUUAAACUUAAUCCUGAUCCAUGUAAACCUCUGGCAUUUAUCCUUAUUCCAACUAUGGCAAUUCUUGGAAAUACUUACACUGUUUCAAUAAAAUCAAGUAAAUUGUUGAAGACUACUUCACAAUUUCCACUUCCUCUGGCUGUUGGUGUGAUUGCUUUUGGGUCAGCACACUUAUACAGGGUUCCAUGCUUUGUCUUCAUUCCUCUAUUACUCCAUGCGUUAUGCAACUUUAUGUAAGAUUGGAUUUAAGGAAUGACAAAGAUGAUUUAUGCCUUUAGGGCCAGUAAUAAGAGGGAACACACAGAUCCAUCAAUGUGGACAGCAAGAUCCUUUGGAGAAGACAAGUCUAUUUUUACAAUAUUGAAAAUAGGAAAUUAGUUUUGUAAUGCUUGAGGAAAGUAGUUGAAGCAUGGUUUUGUUUUGUAGUGUGGCAUCUGUGUACAAGUCAUUUUUGAAAAUUUAGUAAAAGGAUACAGUGGCCCCUGUGUUUGAGGACUCCUCUGCAUAUCGCUAGUCUGCUUAAUUGGCCAUACCAGGGAUCUUCUCCUAAAUACUCUGUAAAUGUAGCAUUGCUUGUAAUUUCACCUCAAGCUUUCUGCUCAUUCAUCAAACUUUCUUCUGAAAAGUAGGUUACUUUGUAUUUGCUACAGUAUACAUAUUGAGAAAUAAGUCUUAAAAGAUUGAUGAAAUUCACAACUGUUUCGUUUCU